UGACAUUUAUGACAGCAGCUGAAUGUUUUUCAGUGCAAAAUAUACUCGAUAGAUCGAACUUGGGAUCUAGCAAAACAUUUAGUGAAAUUUAAGUAAAACUUGCCAAAUGAGUUUAUUCGACUCUGCAACAAUUGUUCAGCUGGAAAGCAUAGAGAUUCUAUCGUCCAACUGUCAAAAUGAAUCCCAAGAAACAUUUCAUGCAAUCCAAUCCUUCCCAUUCAAAUGCACCCUGUGCCCGCUGAAAUUCAAUGACAAACUGACCUUUCAAUCGCACGUCCGCGACCACUUUAAACCGAUUACAUGCGACGACUGCAAGAAAACGUUCAUUGGCGACAAACAAUAUUCCUAUCAUCGGAGGCACGUACACGGAACGAGCACAACAAAUGAAUCUGGACAGUGCGACGACGGUGCUGCACGGAUGACAGUCACCCGAUUAAAAGUGAAUUCUCAGAAGAAAUAUGUCGACGACGACAUCGAUUCGGUUGAGAUGGUAGCUGCAAACUCUGCAUGCGAUAUCUGUGGUCGCCUUUUCAUCAACGAAGCGGCAGUUGAACGUCACCGGAAAACCCAUUCGAAUGAGGGCAAACGAUUCAUCUGCCACAUUUGCAACAACGGAUUCAACAAGAAGACCAACCUGGAGUUCCACCUUCGCAUCCACACAAACGAACGCCCGUUCAAAUGCGACCAAUGUCCGAAGGCUUUUUCCCACAUAUCCGGCCUCAAUUGUCACCGGCGCAUUCACACAGGCCAACGUCCGUACAGGUGUCCAUUCUGCGCGAAGAGUUAUGCACAUUCGACGGAUCUGAGGCGACACCGUCGAACGCACGGACAGGAAGAGGCACGUUUCAAGUGCGAUCUGUGCCAGAAGACUUUCUUCGAAAGGAAAUUUCUGCGAACCCACAUGAGAACGCAUCACCGUGAUCAAGCCACGAGCAAAUCGGGCUCGGAUGCAAGACCAACAGCGAUUGAUAAGUUUGAGGAAUGUAUGAACAUUGAGUACGUUGACUAUGAAUACAUACAGAGCGACUGAAUGAAUGGAAA